AUGAACAUCGAGAAGCAACCCGAUGCACCAUUCAUCAUGAACUUCCUUACUACUGCGUUACUUUUGACAAUGAGCCACAAGACAUCGGCUUGCGGUGGACUUGUCCCAGUGCACGUACAGCGCGCGGCAGCUGCCUCGGGGAGUCAUAUCCUGAGGCGAGAUACGCCUCCCCUGGAGUCUCCAACGAACCAAAACAACAUCACACACUGGACAGUGGAUCAGAACACAAGGCAGAUGCAGCUAUCUGACGACGCUUUUUUCAAUGCCCGAGAUCUAGCUCGCUUCAAUCAUGAUGAGAAUGUCAAGGUUUAUCAAGGGACGGCAAUCAGGAACCUGACAGAGCAUCUCGAAGACAUUGUUGUCGUGUACUCCAACACUGACUUGACCCUGCAUAAUCACGACUACAAGAUCUUGUUCGGAGAAGGAGAUUGGACUCUGGCCGUUGAGACCAUCACCGGCAUUCAGAAUGGUCCCUUGACUAAUCUUGACGGCACCUAUCUACCUCCUACAAACAAGCCAGUCCAAUACGACUUGAUGACGAUCGCCCGCUGGAGCAACGGAUGGAUGGUGGAGGAAUACCUGUGGUCCGACAACCCUUUGAUUUACCGCCAGCUGGGUGUUUUGGCGAACAGACCAGCCGAGAAUCUACCUGAUCUGGAACUGAACCUUGCGUCGCCGCUAUCAACGGGUCCCAACAACACAGACACCUCGUCCCUUAACAAGGCCUACAUGGCAAAGUCCGAUGAUGCUCUGAAUGACGGUAACUUUACUUUGGAAGGCCUCAAGUUAUCCCCGAAAGCCGAGAUCUUCGGUCUUUCUGAUCAGCCACUGAGUCCGCAGGGGUACAUCGAUUGGCUUAACAACAUGAAGACCGCAUUUCCCGAUCUACGACUCGAAAAUCAACCCUACCGACAGAUCGUGGGCCAGGGGGACUGGACUGCUUCUGCUGCCUUUCUCAGCGGCACUCACAAGGGUGAACUGGUUCUGCCCGAAUACAUAUCUGGAAAGCCGAUCUAG